ACUUUACGAAUCAUAGUUAAGUCAAUAAUUGAUCCAAAGGAGCAAAGUGAAUCUUACCAGUAAAAGUGAUUUACAAAAAAAUGCGUCAAAUAAAUUUAGAGUUAUUUAUUGUUUUGUUUGUUUUUGCCGUACUCUCAACGGUUUAUUGUGAACCAAUUGGCUUAAAUUAUCCUGGGUUCAAUUACUUGGGUCCAGGAAAUCCAGUAAAUAAUGGUCAACCUGUAAAUUCUGCCGAUACUAUUGCUCGUGAACAUGACAUAGCGUAUGAAAAUAGUAAAACCUAUGAUGAUGUUAUUAAAGCGGAUGAACGGGCCAUUACGAAAUUUUAUGUCGACUUGUGGACACCGGGUAAUAUAGUCAAUAAAAUAGGUGCAAGAGCUGGUUUUUGGAACCUCGGAAUAAAAAAUGUGGCUGAAAGGGUAAUUGGACGUACAAUAUACCCAUGGAAUAAACCAAAAGCGUAAGUGUGUCAGCUUCAUCAUAAUGUAAAGUUUAUGCGCCUUACAUAAAAUAGAUGUCAAAAACGGCUAUAAAAAAUAUGGCAAAAUAAAAAAUAUU